AUGGAGAACAAAAUAAUCGCGAUGUUAGUGGUGAUAAUAGGGAGCCUUUUGGUCGAGACAGAGGGUAUGGGUUUUCAAGAAUGUUUCCCAGGUUGUACUUCGACUUGUGGUGCAAAUGGAUUAAGUACAUUGACAUGUCCUUUCACAUGUCUCGCGAUUUGUAUACAACCUUCUGAACUAAAUCUUCAGAAAAUACACCAGACUGAUUAUUUUUGCAGACUCGGAUGUGCUACCAAUCGUUGUGUUCCAUCCUCCACGAUCGAAGAUGAGCAUCACGUGGAGAAAGUAUCGGUAUGUGUGGAUUCAUGCUCAGAUAUGUGCUCUAACAAGAACUAA